CCAAGUUGGGGGAGACCGGAGGCAGGCAAAGUACUGAACAACAAUUGCUACAGUCCAGAAGAGGCUGGACAACUGUAGCAACUUAUGAAGACGUUGUUAGAGGAGAGACGGGGCAGAUACCAGGGAUGUUGCGAGGGUGAAACAUAUCUCCGAGGUGAAAUCGACAGGAGACACUGUAAUCAGAGCCAAAAGGCAGAAGUUCAGGGAGACAUGGAUGCCAUCUGUAUCUGCCCAGGAGGCUGCUGGAGAGUUUGAUUUGCUUGGCUCUACUUAAGAUUCUGACCUUUUUCCUUUUCUUUCUUUUUUUGGGGGGGGUAGGGGCAGGAGAGGGGGAAGGUCUAGACCCGCCCCCCGCCCCUUUCUUCCCUCCCCCUCAAAGGUUGAAGAAAAGAAUCCGAUGUCUGGGAGGGAAAGGGCCCUAAGGAUUUGAGUAGUCAGGGACCAAUGGGCGUGACCAACGUUAAGGGGCGUGGUCUGAGCGCCUCUCCAAUCUUCCCUCCCCUUUAGUUUUCGCCUCUCCGAGUCUACCAAAAGGGACGGGGUCAUCUAGCAGUAGGUGUGGCCUGGGACGGGAUCUUGCUACAGGGUCGUGGCCUGAAGACCGCUCCCUCCUUUCUUUGACUUCUCUGUGCAGAGCCCCUUUAGGGGAGGGGCACUCCAGCUCCUCGCUAUCUAAGAGGCGUGGCCAUGGCGUAGGAGGGCGUGGCCUAGCGACUGCCUCAUUCUUUCUUCCUGAGUACAGCAGGGGGCGCCCGGACUCCUCAGAGACGCGUGGAGCGCACGCGGCGUCGUGACGUCAUCCCAGCCCGCCGCCCUCAGCUCGCGCGUCAUAACCCAGCGCCUCUGUCGCUAAGGAAGAAGUUGAGAGGAGGGCGACGGCAAGGGAGGCCCUGGUCGAGCAACGGAGCCCGGAGCCGAACAAUCUGCCCUAUGUUCAUUCAUCCCAGCUGUAAGAAAUGAGCGUCCAGUAUAGCAUUCUCUUCAAACAAGAACAAGCUCAUGAUGAUGCCAUCUGGUCAGUUGCCUGGGGAACGAAUCAAAGAGACAACUCAGAGAUGAUUGUUUCAGGAUCCCUGGAUGAUCUAGUCAAAGUAUGGCGAUGGAAAAAUGAUAAACUUGAGUUACAGUGGAGUUUGGAGGGCCACCAGUUGGGGGUGGUUUCUGUGGACAUUAGCCACACAGGGACCAUCGCGGCAUCCAGUUCCCUUGAUGCUCACAUUCGUCUGUGGGAUUUAGAAAAUGGCAAACAGAUGAAGGCUAUUGAUGCUGGCCCUGUGGAUGCUUGGUCCUUGGCUUUUUCACCCGAUUCCCAGUUUUUGGCUACAGGAAGCCACAUAGGAAAAGUAAACAUUUUUGGUGUUGAGACUGGGAAAAAGGAGUACUCUUUGGAUACAAGAGGGAAAUUCAUCCUCAGCAUCGCCUAUAGUCCUGAUGGGAAAUAUCUGGCCAGUGGAGCCAUAGAUGGAAUCAUUAAUAUUUUUGAUAUUGCUUCUGGAAAACUUCUCCAUACGCUCGAAGGCCAUGCAAUGCCCAUCCGCUCUUUGACCUUCUCCCCAGAUUCUCAGCUACUUGUCACGGCUUCAGAUGAUGGCUACAUUAAGAUUUAUGAUGUACAGCAUGCAAAUUUGGCAGGCACACUGAGUGGCCAUGCGUCAUGGGUGUUAAAUGUCGCAUUCUGUCCAGAUGAUAUUCACUUUGUAUCCAGCUCAUCAGACAAAAGUGUCAAAGUUUGGGAUGCCGGAACAAGAACUUGUGUCCACACGUUUUUUGACCACCAGGACCAGGUCUGGGGGGUAAAAUACAAUGGAACUGGCUCCAAAGUUGUGUCCGUUGGAGAUGACCAAGAAAUUCAUAUCUAUGACUGUCCACCUUAAUCUCACUCCAAACCGGGUAGGCUAAUGCUGGAGGGGGGGAAAGGAAUACGGAGAGGGAUGGACCACACCAUUCCCCACCUUUGUACAUGCUAACAGAUGGAAAUAUGGAACCGUGCACUGUGCUGCGGAAGCUUUUUGAUAUUUUUGGAUACUCCUCCUGAGAAGUGCACACCACCCAUUUAUAUGUACUUGUCAUUUUCUUUGCCCGAGAACAACUUUUCAUUCUUUCAAUAAAGAAGGCCGUAUUCUCUGCACAAA